CAUUCAUCGACAUCGACUCCGAUCCUCCGACGCGUGCCCCACGAGUCAUUAGGCACGCUGCCAGAUGCUACUCCUAACACUGGUGCCCCGCAAGUGCGUCAUCUCGACCUGUUCCGCGCUGUCGAUCGGCACCCGGCGUAUUCUUGGCUCUUGAGCUCCUUCCUCCCCCGUCAUCGUUCCCUCUCCUCUCAUCUUCGUUUCUCCCACUCUCCCUCCGCCCAUCUCCCACGAUGCCUACCGAGCUCCUCGCGUUCCCGCCGGCGUACACUGUCGUGGGCGCCUAUCGUCUCUGGAACGACCCCACGAUCCGCGCCCCCGUCGUCGCCAAACUGAAGCACGCGACCAUCCGCGGCCUCGCCGUCGGCGCGGCCUACGCCAUCUUCGGGUGGGGCGUCAUGGACUGGGUUGUGCGCCGCUUCAUGGUGCGCGGGCGCGUGGGCGAGCGCGUCAGCGUCGGCGCCGGGAGUGUCGCGCUCAGUGUGGACCUCGUGCUGUACACCCAUAUCAUGUGGCUGCUCCCCCAGCUCUCGCGUAUGCUAAAGUUCUUCAUCAAGAAGAAUCUUCGCAUCGCCCGCGGCCGCGCGUACAACCUCACGCUCACAUCGCGCGGCAAGCCCGAGGAGUUCUGGAGCAAGAGCUACUACGAAGAGUGGGCGCAGCCGCCGCAGCCGACGCGCGAGCAGGCGCGCGCCUGGGGAGCGAGGAAACAUCGCGAACCCUGGGUCAGCUGGAUGCUAUGGUGGCCGAGCCAGAUGUUGAUUAGGCAGUAUAUCCUUUUCCCUCUCUCGCCGGCGCUGCCGCUCCUCGCACCGCUGGCUAUUGCCGGCAUGCGCGCCCUUGGCACAGCAGAGUAUCUCCACCAGCCAUACUUCCAGGGCAAGCGCAUGGGCUCUGACGAGAUUUGGCGCUGGAUCGAAGAGCGCAAGUGGGCAUAUCGCUCGUUCGGUUUCUGCGCCUCGCUUCUUGAGGGUAUACCCAUUCUUGGGCUGUGGUUUAGCGUCUCGAACCGCAUCGGUGCGGCCAUGUGGGCCCACGACCUCGAGAAGCGCCAGCACCUCUUUGCGCACCACAUCUUGCAGCCCCUUGCUCCCUCUCAGGUGGGCAUAUUUGGAAGCGGAAAUGGCCUCGAGAUCACGCCCGAGGUCGUCGCCGCCGAGAAGCGCAUCGAGGCCAAGUGGUCUGCCAGACCAGCAUACAUUCCCCCUGAGAUUCAGGACGACGGCGAGGAUACGCCCGCGAUCAACGCCGGCCCUCCUCCUCUCCCGCCCCGCGACGCUCCUCCCGCGUACUCGGAGGUGCCUGCUUCGGCUUCUGCUUCAGCUCGCCGACAGCCCCCGCAGCUACCCCCGCGCCUGCCCCCAAGGCCCAAGGCGUAAUGUGAGGGGUUCCGAAACAUCGAAUCAUAUGGUAUAGAGGCGCAACGUCCCAGGUCGCCAGUAUAUGGAUGCGCCGUGUACAUUACACGACUGCGCACAUCACACUGCUGUUAUCUUUACUGAUGUGCGCCAGCUCCUAAUCGGAGUUGUCUGAUUUGACAGAUCAUUCUGGACAGCCAAAGGCCUCGUUCCGCCGAUCCACUAUCUGGUCGGACGUCGGCGACUGAUUCAAUAAGCAUUGCCGUUGUGAGCGCAUUGAUCCCUG